AUGGCGGUGACGGGCAAGCGCGGCGUCGGCAUCCCGACGAUCUUGCUGCAUGACGGCGAGGGCACGAUCGUGUCUAUUGAGAUGAAGACAGGAGAGACGUACCGCGGGUUGCUGGAUGAGACGGAGGACAACAUGAACUGCGUUAUGAAGGACGCGGUGCGCACCGACAUCAACGGCAACACCAGCCAAGUGGAGCAGGUCUAUCUGCGCGGCAGCCAGAUCCUCUUCAUCGUGUUUCCAGAUAUAUAUCCUUUACAACCUGAUAUUGCCGUCACGUUGAAACACGCGCCGAUGUUUAAACGAGUCAAAAUGUGGAAGAAACACAAGGGUUCCAUACCGACACUGGGACAAGGAGGAGUUGGCGGUGGCGCACCGAGAGGACAAGCUGCUGCGAUCAUCCGGAAGGCUCAAGAACGGAGAGGUGGAUUUUGAGACUUAUGCGGCGUCAAGGUGGAUAUUGGAGCUGUAGUCAGGCCUCGGCAGAAACCCAAGUUGCUACUUUUGAGGCGCUCGAACGGAAGACUACUGCGGCCUCUUGCCUGCGGUAU